AUAAUUCGCUUUCUUAAUGAAUACGAUUUAAGCAAUAGUUACAAAAGAUGUGUAGUAUGGACAAAUAACGAUCAUGAUGUAAUUCAAAAUCGAAACAAAGUUUCCAGAAGCAAGCUAACAUUGUACGUUAUUUGUCAGUGUUUUGACGUUAAAAGGCCGACAAAGUCGACAAAUAAUGUUAGCUUUUUACCUGGGUAAUCAAUGGUGUAUAAGAAAUUGUGAUAUUGAUAUGUAUAAACAAAUAUAGUACGAGUAAAAUGUGUUCGGUGAAUUGUUAUGUAUCAGGUCAUUUUAUCCGCGUUUCACGUUUAAUGGACAAUAAAAAUAACGCUGCAUAGAAAUAACAGUGUGUUCCUCGAAUUUAUUUGUAGAAUCGAAUAUAUGGAAAAAUACUUUUGUGCAACUAUUUCAAAAAUUUGUUUAGGCUAAAUCUCAUUUGAGAUAUGGUUCCUUCGAAAGUUAGGUAGAGGAUACGUACACAUGAAAGAUAACAAAGAAAAAUCCUACGUUAAGCACAAGUUUUUAAUAUCUAGAAAAAAUGUGUAAAAUAACGAAGUUGAUCGGUCGAGCCGUCUACAAAGCGCGUCUCAUUUUACGUUUGCAAGGUUUGCAAGCAUUAUCUGUUUAUUAAACGAUAAAAUAAGGAUGAGAUGAUUCUAAACCAAUGCGGACGUUAGAACUCGUCCAGCCUGGUUUGCUAAACAAUUGAAGAGGACCAAUAAACGUUGCUUAGCUUUCGUCAGUCUCGCUCAGUCCGCGAAUGUGUUUGGAUGUAUCUUCUAAGAAAGAACUUACUGUUGCAAUCAACCACUUUAGUACUGCAAGAGCGUUUUUGUUUUUCAAGAGGCCAAAAACGGAAGACAACUGCUGUAAGAACAGAAUUGAAUCAAUUUAAUCGAAGGCAUACCUGGAUAAUCGCGACAAUUCAGAGAUUUAGCUGAAAAACAUCCUUGAAAAUAAAAAGUGUCUAUUAAGCAAUUGGAUAUUGAAAUCUUUGCGAGAAGUACAAUUAGAAAAAAAAAAUUGUUUAGCAAGUGCAACUUAAAGCUAGAUUUUGUUACGCUUUAGAAACUUGUGUAUUUUGAAUAGAAAGUGUUUCGUAAAUCUACUUAUGCUUACAAAAUGAGUGGCAACAUAGUAAAAAAAGGAACAACGAUCAUGACCGCUAAACCAUUCGUCUUUGUUCUUAGAUCGAUGUAUAGAACUACACGAUGUGACAAUUGCUUCAAGAGUGGAAAAAUGUUAAAGUGUUCGGGUUGUUCGUAUGUACAUUACUGUAACCGUAAUUGUCAAAAAGAAUCGUGGCCGAUACACAAAGUAGAAUGUGCACGUUUGAAAAAAAUACCGUUGGAUUUGUGGCUAGAUGAUGCACGAAUGAUGGCACGUAUAAUUAUCAAACUCAAUCAAGGUGGGGCAGAUGAAGUGGGUUAUUAUACUGAGAAAAACUACAAGAAAUUUGAGGAUUUAGUGUCUCAUUAUUCGGAAAUAAUAGUGGACAUAGAGCGAAAGGCACAUUUUGCCAUGAUAUAUAGAAUUUUAUACCAGUUACUCGAUGAAACACUCAUGCCUAAUACUUCGGAGUUAAUAAGCAUUUAUGGCAAGAUGUGUACUAACCGUUUCACCAUAACGGAUAAUUGUCUAAACAACAUUGGUAUUGGCCUUUAUCUGGGAGCGUCUGUCAUAGAUCAUAGUUGCAAACCCAACGCGAUCGUUAUUUUUGAAGGGACUACUAUCGUUGUCAAAACAUUAACGGACCUUCCUUCUUUGGACUGGUCACAGAUAAAAAUAUCAUACACCAACUUACUUGAAACUAAAAAAGACAUACGUGAGAAACUGUACAGUUCGUACUACUUCUGGUGUGAUUGUGAAAGAUGUAAAAAAGAGGAACCAAUGGAUGAAGCAGCCGCGUGUCCAAACUCAUCGUGCGACGCACCGUGUUCGAUUGAAGUUAACGAAUGCGUGAAGUGCAGCACAAAAAUAUCUGCAGAUUUUAAAAAGACAUUUCGUGAAGUCGUUGACUUUACCACUUAUCAUUUGGAAAAAAUAAAAAUUAUAUCUUCUCAAUGUAGGUACUUCGACAUUGCAAAAGAAGCAUUUGAAAAUUACCAGGCGUAUCAAAAAUUUUAUUCCUCGGUUUUUUCAGUCCCUUCCUUUUUGGAUUCUAACAAUAUUAGGAAUGAUCUUCAACAUUUGAGAGAUAUUUGUAAGAUGUGUUUAGAGAAGCAGAAGGGUAUCAUGCAUAAAUUUAAUAUGCAACAUAUUUAUAUUCUCGAAGCAACUUAUAACUUUGUAUUCACCCUAGGGUGUUGGGAAGAUGCAGAGAUUUAUGGCAAAGAACUUUUGUCAGGAUAUUUAUUGUAUUAUGGAGAAGUAUACCCUCAGACAGGAGUGCUAUAUUCGACGAUGGGAAUUACACAGUUGCAUUUAGGAAAAAUGAAAGAAGCACUCGCAGCACUGAACAAAGCAAGCGCGAUAUUAAUGUUAAUAUUCGGUGAUGACUAUUUUUUUUUGAGAGACGUAUUGAAACCAUUGCUUUUUAUAGUUACUAGGCAGGCAAGAUAUUCAUCAUAAAAAUAUUAUUUGGUACUAUGAUCUAUAGCAGAUAUUGCUUUUGGGACACUAUAAUAGAAAAAUAUGUUGAAAAUAUAAUAGAAAAUAUCAAAUGUACAAAUUGCUAAAAACAAUUAAAUCAAAAAUCUGCAAAAGUAAAA